UCUCUCUUCCCUGCCUCCUCCUGCCCUCGCGUCUCUACCUACACAGUUCCCCAACGCAGCAGGAAUGAGGUUUGAGCUCAGCUACCCUCAGUUGCCUUUCGCAGAGAGAGAAGUUGGCACCGGGCACCUCUGCUGCUGUUGUUGAGGGGGAGUCCGUCUCUCCAAGGGAGCUGGAUCCAGAAGGGGGCUGGCAAGAGAUCAAGAGAUCCCCAUCCCCAUCCUUCACAAGAGGGGCAGAGUGAAGCGUAGGGGGUCUUCCUUGGCGUAGGCUGGAAGAAGACACGGGCUCUGCUACAAUGGACCCCAAGGAGAGGAAGAAGAUCCAGUUCUCUGUGCCUGCUCCCCCUAGCCAGCUGGACCCCAGAGCGGUGGAAAUGAUUCGCCGACGAAGACCAACUCCAGCCUUGCUGUUCCAGCUGUCAGAAACAUCAUCCCCUGAAGACGAAGCUACUCCAUACCAGAGAGCUUUGGGUGAAGGCUACCACCUUAAAAACAAAAGGAAUGCCCCAUGUGUCUACACCCCACCUUCUCUUAAAGCUGUGCAGCGCCUAGCACAAAGCCAUUUGGAAUCCAACAGUUCCUGGAUGGAUGACGACUACCCUGAGGAUGUUGAGGAGGACGAGGAAGACGAGGAGGAGGAAGAAGAAGAAGCUCAGGAUUCAGAUGACACCGUGAGGGAGAUGCCUGGCUUUUGCAAGCCCGGGGCAUCCCAGUUGGGCCCAGCUUCCAAGGCAGCCUUGCUCCGGCAAUGCACUGUCUUGGAAAACAAGCCCAAAGAAUCUGAGCAUCCCAUCUAUCCUGCACUCUCCAAAUCACAGAAACGGAAAGGUGGGCAAAAAGUAUCCUUUGCUGGAUCCGUAGAAGAAGUUCCCAAUGAAUCUGAGCAACCGGAAGGUGCUGAAGGCGAAGCCCAGGACCAGCAAAACCAGGAGACAGAGGUGGGACCGGAGAAGGGAGACCCGCCACUCACAGAUCAUGUUAUGGAACUGAGUCACUCCAGCUGUGAAGAGAGACCUCCCUGCGCUCUUAGCUCCGAAAACCGUCCCUCCCCACCCCCUAUCCACCCCACCACCUAGCGCAAGCAGUGAAGGGGUAGAGUCGGGAGCUGUCCCAUUGAUGGAAAACCUCUCCUUUUUCACCAAGAUGGAUUGGAUUAUUUCCUUUUAACAACUAUCUUCUCUUUUCUGUUCCAGAUUUGUCUUUCAUUUCGCAGUGUUUGGUUUGUGUUCAGUGAAUUAUUUAGCACAAGGGGAAAGGAAGUGGGGGGGGGAGGAGCCACAGUCGCUGGUAUCCAAACCUUCACAUUCAGAAGGAAUAUACUGUAUCAUCUUUCUGACGGCCAGAGGCUGGGCACAAGUGACAAAAGGGUGGCUAUCUUUACUGUGCCUUUGCUUGUGAGGUUCCGGGGUUCGGGGUGCGUGCAUAAGAGCUGUCGUUGUCCACAGGGCUGCUCGUUUGGUGUAAUCCAGCAUGGCGGUUCUUAACAUUUUUUCACCCAUCCAAAUCUGAAAUUCUAAAACUAGUAUGUGAGACUAGUGAAAAUAACCAGGUAGCUGGCCUGAAGACUACCGUUAGAUUCCCGGAAAUCAAGUUUGAAAAAGCACAAUUUGCAGCUGAAUUCGAACUGAUAUGCUGGAGGGGAUAUCUGCAAUUGAUUCACUUCUGAAUCCCUGCCGCCGCCACCUCUCUCUCUCCCUCCCUCCCUCUUCUCUCUCACCUGCCUCCCCAAUGCCCCAUUCAUCUCUCUGGAAGCUGCAAAUUAAAAUCUAAUCAUUUUGUAUAGUUGAAACUGCUCUCUCUCCCUCCCUAUGCUCUUAGACCCUUACUCCGCCACCUGUGUAUUGGGCAAUGCCUUUCCAUGUGCCUCUCUGCUCUAUUAAAGCUUUGUAAAUAAAUGAGAUGUUUGAAGAGUGGUUUAUGGAGGGGGGGAGGGAAUGGUCACCAGCCCUGAGUAAGCCAGCCCUGCCUCACUGCAUCAGCCAAGAAUGACAGAAGGAAAGGAUUUCAUAACUGCAGGAAGCGUUUAUCUUUUGCAAAUCAACCCUAAGUGCAUGAGCCAUGAUUCAUGGACAGGAGGAAAGGGUUCGGGAGGUAAAAGUCUUAAUUCCCAAUGAUUCCCAAUGGGUGGACUAGGAUACUCCCAGUUUCUGCAUCUCCCUUAAAACAGUAACCCUUGCUGCCAAAAGGCAGACCAGCUAAAACGCUUGUGGUCUGGGAUUUUGUGAUUAUUAUUUUUCCUGCAGGAAAGAAAUUCAAUGGCUGCUUAACACUUGUGCUUCCAAGACAGCCACUACUUUUUGUGGGAGGAAUUCAAGCCGAUGUCGGAAAUUCAGGUGUACACAAUUAAAACGAAUUAAAGGGCUCGGUCAUCCUGUGCGCAAUAAAUCCGCUUUUAAAAAAGAAUCACAACUUUUUACUGUUUGGAAAUUGAUGAGGAAAUGCCUUAAACAGUGAUGGAAAGGUAUGUAAACGACCCACAAACCAGGAUGUAGGACAAUGUUCAUUGUUGUGUUACUUCCUUGUGGCCCAAUAAACAUCAACGCUCAAUAAAGAUUGGAUAUAAUCUAACUUCUGGGUAAGCUUUAUUCAAGCAACUCAGUACGCUUACAAAUAGGUAAACUGGAGAGGCCCUCAAUCAGCAACAGUUGAUGGAUCAUUUACAACCUAUGUGAGGUCCUUUCACAUAAAUAGUCCGAGUUUUUGAUGGGGUGAGGUAAGAUCAUGGUGGCUGCCUGUACACUCCUCCGACGAUACCUAUUAUGUACGUAUUAAACUUGAAAGCUAAGCCUGCUGCUUGCUUGUGUCUGGUACUAUCAUGCACACCUUAUUUGAGAACUAGCUUUAAAUCCCCUCUCCUAGCAUGAAAUUGCCUGUAAUUGUGAGCACUUGAAUAUGCGGCAUGAAAUGUAUACAAACAUUUGUCUCCUGAAAUGUGAAAGUGAAGGGGGGAAUUUAUGUUUUGAAGCUAAUAUUUCUAAAAACGUCUGCAGCAGAGCAAGGCACCCAAACCCAUGCAUGCAAUGUGGCUGUGGGGCUUUCGCUCGAGCAGGCUAUGAAUCACUUGUUCAUCUCUCCUCAGACAGGCGUCCUUGUUUUCUUUCUGUCAAAUGAUUGACUUUGUACAACUGUGUAUGUCCACCGGGUGUUUGGUUGAUUUCCCCCUCCACCUAAACCCUCCACUCUCCCCCACCCCACUCAGACUCUGCUCUCAGUACACAGGAAAAAUAUACUCCCUACUAAUACUUUGUGUUAGUAUGGAAACUGUUUUCUUUUCACGCCAGCUCCCAGCUGGGACCGUGCACGUAGCAAAGAGACAUUGUUGUUGCCAGAGAGCCACUUGCAAGUCGUCACUCGGCCUGCAAGGAAGUGAGUAAAGCCAGCUGGGUCUUGGCACUUACCCACUCGAGGAGACAAGGGCUGUUUUCAUGCCGCCUUAACUGCUCCAAUCUUGCCUUCUCUUAAUCAAGCUUAGUCUGUUCCUUGAUCCUUUCCGGGGGAGCUGCUCAGAGCAUGUAGCAGCUUGUUCUCAUUUGGCUAGCACAUAGUGUGAUGGGAUGAGGUGGCAAGGUCUGGAGAGUGGAAUGGUGCCCAAACCUUGGCGUAUUUUUCGUUCUCCAAGGCCUCAGUCGUAGGUAAGAGGGCAGGCCGAUGUGUUUCAACUUGCCUAGAAAAAGGAAUCCACACUCCAAGGAAUAUCAUAUGUGAAUGGGGAGACUCGAGAUGCCUUAUGAGGAACGGCUUAGGGAGCUGGGUAUGUUUAGCCUGGAGAAGAGAAGGUUAAGGGGUGAUAUGAUAGCCAUGUUCAAAUAUAUAAAAGGAUGUCAUAUAGAGGAGGGAGAAAGGUUGUUUUCUGCUGCUCCAGAGAAGCAGACACGGAGCAAUGGAUUCAAACUACAAGAAAGAAGAUUCCACCUAAACAUUAGGAAGAACUUCCUGACAGUAAGAGCUGUUUGACAGUGGAAUUUGCUGUCAAGGAGUGUGGUGGAGUCUCCUUCUUUGGAGGUCCUUAAGCGGAGGCUUGACAGCCAUCUGUCAGGAAUGCUUUGAUGGUGUUUCCUGCUUGGCAGGGGGUUGGACUGGAUGG